AUGGCGGGAGCGGUGAACGGCGUGGAGGCAGCGCAGGCUCAGGGCGGCGCGGCGGCGGCGGCGGGGGAGGCGGCGAUCAGGCACCGGACGGUGGAGGCGAACGGCAUCGCGAUGCACGUGGCGGAGUCCGGGCCGGAGGACGGCCCGGCGGUGCUGUUCCUGCACGGCUUCCCGGAGCUGUGGUACUCGUGGCGGCACCAGAUGGCGCACCUCUCCGCGCGGGGCUACCGGUGCGUGGCGCCCGACCUGCGCGGCUACGGCGGCACGGAGGCGCCCGCCGACGUGGCGUCCUACACCGCCUUCCACGUCGUCGGCGACGCCGUCGCGCUGCUCGACGCCCUCGGCAUCCGCAAGGUGUUCGUGGUGGGACACGACUGGGGCGCCAUCAUCGCGUGGUACCUCUGCCUCUUCCGCCCGGACCGCGUGACGGCGCUCGUCAACACCAGCGUCGCCUUCAUGCGCCACGUCUUCAUCCGCGCCGGCGCCGACGCCGUCAAGACCACCGACUACUUCAACCAAGCCUACGGCCCGACCUACUACAUCUGCCGCUUCCAGGGAGCCCGGCGUGGCGGAGAAGGAGUUCGCGCCGGCGCACGCGAGGCACCUGAUGACGCGGAUCCUGAGCGACCGCUUCAGCGAGCGCGCGGCGGGCAAGGAGCCCAAGGACGGCGGCGGCGACGACGCCGACGCGGCGCUCCCGCCGUGGCUCACGGAGGCGGACAUCGACUACUUCGCCGCCGCGUUCGAGAAGACGGGCUUCACGGGCGCCAUCAACUACUACCGCAACAUGGACCGGAACUGGGAGCUGGCGGCGCCGUGGGCGGACGCCAAGGUGACGGUGCCGACCAAGUUCAUCGUGGGGGACGGGGACCUGACGUACCACUACGCGGGGAUCCAGGACUACCUGCACAAGGGCGGGCUCAAGGCGGACGUGCCGCUGCUGGAGGAGCUGGUCGUCGUCCCCGGCGCCGGCCACUUCAUCCAGCAGGAGCGGGCGCAGGAGGUCAGCGACCACAUCUACAGCUUCAUCGCAAAGUUCUGAAGAACAGCUGA